AUCGACAUUACUAUCUAUACUGCAAAUUAGCACAUUUAUAAAGCGAUCCCAUGCAUGAGCUAUUCACGUCUCUUGCCAAAUAAUACGCGCCCCUACUAUCUGCAGUGAUCCCGGAAGGAGGCGUGCACUCGCUCUUUUACAGUUACAAGACUGAAGCCUGCAGUGAGCUCUGCGAUCCGGCUGUGGAACUGCAAAGCACCGGUGAUCGAUCUCAGAGGCCCGGCGUCAGUGAGACUCUACAGCGGACUGAUGGAGCCCGGGGCCCCGCUCUUCAGACAGUUGUUUGAAUCUGAAAGCAGCACGUACACAUACCUCCUGGCCGACACAGACACCCGCGAGGCCGUGCUGAUCGACCCCGUGCUGGAAACAGUGGACAGAGACCUGCAGCUCAUCGAUCAACUGGGACUUAAACUCAUAGUGGCCGCGAACACUCACUGUCACGCGGAUCACAUCACUGGCACUGGACUGCUGAAGAAGAAGGUGUUUGGACUGAAGAGUUGCAUCUCCAAACACAGCGGAGCCACUGCGGAUACACUUCUCUCAGAGGGAGACCGGAUCACCUUCGGAAAACAUUGUCUAACCGUGCGAGAGACCCCGGGACACACGGAUGGAUGUUUGACGUACGUCACUGGAGAUCAGAGAAUGGCUUUCACUGGUGACGCCAUCCUCAUCCGGGGCUGCGGACGGACAGACUUUCAGCAAGGUUGUCCAAAGAGAUUGUACGAGUCCAUCCAUAAGAAGAUUUUCACCCUGCCUGCACAUUGUUUCAUCUACCCCGCACACGACUACAAGGGUCAGACUGUGUCCACCGUAGAUGAGGAAAAGAAGUUUAAUCCACGGCUGACAAAGACACUGGACGAGUUUGUGAACAUCAUGAACAACCUCAAUCUCCCCAAACCUAAGAAAAUAGAUAUAUCAGUGCCUGCGAACAUGGUGUGUGGACUUCAUGAUAUUUGAAUGUGAAAGCUGACAGGAACUUUUUAGGCGUCUUAUUUGAAUUUUACAAUGCAUAUUAAUAUAAAUUACAUUCAGUGAGAUGAUAUUUGUAUUUAAUCAUUCCUGUGAUUCAGGGUAAGCGGAGCAAGAUGAACCAGAACAAUGAAAUAUCAAAUAAUUACAUUUUCAUUAUGGUCAGUAUUUGUUUUUGUUGAUUUUUAUUUCUUCUUCUGGAUUUCAAACAAUACUUUGGCCUUACCUGUGUGCUGAAUCAUAUAUCUCAUUCAGAGAAAUGAUGGUCUGCUUGUUUCAGCAUCCUUUAUUUAAAUGCUCUAAAUAAUCAAGUGCUGCAGCUCUCAUUUGUAAUGUGAAAGGUUAUAGUACAACUCAUCUUAUGAUAUAUUUUGUGAUAAAACUCUAAAAUGUAUAUAUUUCAUCUGUUUUUAAUAAAUGUUUGUUCAAUCCA